AUGAACAAAGCCUUAGAACUUUCUCACGUCAUGGGAAAGCUGAAAAUCGUGUCAAACGAAUCUGAAUCGGCGAAAAAACGAUUUAAAGAUGCCCGUAAGGAAGCAACCCAUGCAUUUUGCAACAAAGCAUUGAAUAUUCAAGACCGAAUCUUUGCAGCGAAACUCCGUGUCGUUUCGGAGAUACUGGAGUGUCUCGACAAUCCCGACACAGCGGCUACUUCGUGUCUGUUGUUUUUAGAAAAGCUUCAUGAUUUACCCGCCGUUCGCGAGAUAUUCUCGGUGUAUCUCGGUCGUGGAGUUAAGUCCAUCUUCAGUAAGGCUGAACGAGUUGAGAAUGUCAAAUCUGUCAUGAUGAUCAACUACGUUUUGUAUCAAUUUGUUUCGAAAUUCAGGAGUAAGUAUUAUUCAGCGCUCGCCUGGCCAACAAUUCAACUUCCUGAUCGCAGUUUUAACCCAAUAUGGAAUUGGCAGCAGGUUUCGACACGAAAAUCGUGGGGCGAGGAAUUGAUCCAACCACCCAAUGAAAUGAACCUCGAUAAAAAUAUCAAUGUGUAUUAUUCUGCUGUAAACAGUCGGGGUGAGAUAGUUGUAUGGGAUGAUAAUAACAUUGAGUUCAUCUCCAGAACAGGCGAAAGAAAAGUGGUUAAUCAAUUUUCUGUUUCGAGCAGAGAGGAUAAAGAAGGGGUGGUUAUCAAACAAGAAAUUCUAAGUCUCGCUCUUGAUCAAGAAAAUAAUGUGUAUGUCGUACUAUACUGUGAAACAACUUCACAAAAUGGCAACGUGGAUAGCCAUGCAGUAUUAUAUAUAUUGGAUGAACAUUGCAAUUGUAUAAAACACAAAAGCGAAUUGAAUUUUCUUCCAAAACACAAGACAUAUCUGAGAUUAGCUAUAGACAAAAACAAUAACAUUGUAAUGGCACCAAUCAUGUCCCACGACCGCCAUGUGUACGUCUGUGACCACAAUGGGCAAUUAAAAUACAAGGAGGGAAAUCUAAAGUUGAAAAUAGAACUACCAGCAGGUCACGUGGUCCGUGGAACGUCAUUUCACUUUGUCAUUCACAAAAUAAUUGUCUUAUCCAAAGUCAGCGGCAGCGAUUCCUAUUUCCUCCAUCGUUACUCUGAAACAGGUGAACUGGAGACCUCGAUGUUUUGUUUUAAUUACAGUAAAGGUUUGGCUCGGAUUAAAUCUCAUCCAAGUGGUCCAGUAGCUAUUGUUAGAGCAGGAAACAUCGCCUACAUAUAA